AUGGCUGUAGACAAAGGCCCCCGAGUCCGCAAAACCUCGAUAUCCUCAUCCAACUCUUUCAUCCUGACCUGCCAACACUGGUUCAACGCCGCCCUCAAUCGUCUGCCUUUCAGAAGACGCUUCUCUCCCACACAGUCUCUCCGUGCUCGUCCAUCAGCACACUCCCUUCGUGCCCCUUCAUCACCGCAGACCCCAGAGCGAGCUCCCACCCCACCUCCUCGUCCAGCACCCUUCGUCCAGGAACGAGUCACGUUUUCCAUCCAAGCAUUUGCUCCCCAAGGCAACAACUCAACAAGGUCGUCAAAGUCGGCAGCCAUUGCAGAACCCGAAGUCUCACUCCGAGCACGCUCCAACUCAGGAUUGCACCUCCUCAACAGCCGUAGAGCGCUCAACAACAGCGACUAG